CGCGCGGGAGCUCACAGCUGCCUACCUUCAUAUUCCCGCCUCCCAGGUUCGACUCUCAUGCAUUGGCCCGUGUGCACAGUCCUGGCGCUCUCCUGGAUCGCCUACUCUAGCGCGAUUCUCGUCAAUGUCACCUUCGACGACACUGAUGCUGCCUGGGCGUGGUCCAGCGGGUGGCAUGCAAUAACCCGGGAGAAUCCAUGCGCGGACUGCGCCGCCCAACCAGACGGGAACAGACCCUACAACCAUUCGUGGCAUGACGGGUCGCUGGAUUCUGGCUCUUUCACGUUUCAAGGUGUUGCGGUCUACAUCUUCGGAGUCGACAUUUCGAAUCCCGCACAAUUCACCUUCGCCAUGAGCAAUCCAUCCAUUUCCAGCUCUCAUUUCAAGGACACUGGCGGCGGUUACCUCUACGACUCCCUCUUCUUUUCUGCCAAGGACCUCGACGGGGCGCAGCGGCAUACCGUGUCGUUUCAGCAGGUGCAUGGGGCGAACGCACCAGGGGUAGCCGGCCUGCUCGACUAUGCCGUGGUCACUGUCGAUCGAGAGAGCUCACCUCCGCCUACGCAACCGCAACCGCCACCACAAGGCACGACUUUACAUAUAACUACUACAACGACCACCACUGGUGGACCCACUCCCGGAUCUACAAAUGAUCAAGGGCAUUCAUUGAGUUCGCCCGUAUCCGACCAUUCAUCGAACAUUGCUAGUGGUCUAACCAAAUCCGCCUCGUCAAAUCGCGCCAGUACUGGCUCCGAUUUUAGCCAAACACUCGUUCAUGACUCUUCUUCUCUUGCAUCUCCAAAUAACUCGGGUGUCCCUACGACACUGUCCAGCCACAGAGCCAGAGCCAAAACCAUCCCUUUAGUCGGCGGAAUAGUUGCCGCGAUUAUUCUUCUGGUGCUACUUGCAGCCUUAGUCUACUGCCUGAAACGGCGGAAACAGCGAAGCGCGAGCACUGUCCCCCCGAUAACGCGGUAUGAUAAGCACCUGGCAACCACCUACGGCCAGCCACUAUCGCAACUGCCGACGCCAGCACCAUCUUCCAAGGGCAUGUUUACCCCAGAAGACGAUACUCCUGUUCGGGUCCCAUCACCGGGUCUCACAGAGCCGAUGCCCCGGGCCACUGAUCCGGAGCGGGCCGAAACUGCUCCGGACAGAGAUGUCGAGCUGGAACGGAGGCUGCGCGUUUUGGAGGAGAUGGUGCAGGGGCAGGCGCCCCCGGCGUAUACCUAG